GGGCACCGGCAGCUCCGCGGAGAGGUGGCUGCACUCGGGCGAGUCCCAGCCCGGCGGGCUCAGUGCGGGGCGGCCCGGGAGCUGGAAGAGGGAGGGCGGCGGGCUUGCGGGCCAGUGUUCCGGGGCGCUGCCGGCCGCGCUCGCCGUCGCCCCGCAGCCGGCCCGCUGGCCGCCGCCGCGCGCCAUGGGCGGCACCCUGGGCUGCCACCGCUCCAUCCCGCGGGAUCCGGCGGACGUGGCCCCCAGCCGCAAGUUCAGCGCCGCCUGCAACUUCGGCCACAUGCUGGUGAACCAGGAGCGGCUCAACAUCAACGCGGCCACCGAGGAGGAGCUGAUGACGCUGCCCGGCGUCACCCGCGCCGUGGCGCGCAGCAUCGUCGAGUACCGCCGCUGCAUCGGCGGCUUCAAGAAGGUGGAGGACCUGGCGCUGGUGAGCGGCGUGGGCGCCGCCAAGCUGGAGCAGGUCAAGUUCGAGAUCUGCGUGAGCAGCAAGGCCAGCUCGGCCCAGCACUCGCCCAGCUCGGCGCGCCGCGACCCGCACCCCGAGCCCGGCCGCCUCAACGUCAACGCGGCCUCGGCCGCCCAGCUCCGGGGCCUGCGCGGCGUGUCCGAGCGGCUGGCCCUGGCCAUCGUGGAGCACCGCCAGGAGCGCGGGCCCUUCCGCAGCGUCGAGGACCUGCUGCGCCUGGACGGCGUCAGCCCCGCCUCCCUGGACAAGCUCCGGCCGCAGCUCUUUGCCGCCGCCGUGCCCUCCGCCGAGCGCUCCCGGCCGCCCUCCACGCACACCAACGGGGGCCUGACGUUCAGCGCCAAGCCGCACCCGAGCCCCACGUCGCUGAGCCUCCAGAGCGAGGACCUGGACUUCCCCCCGGGCGGCCCCACGCAGCUCCUCUCCUCCAGGCCGCCGGUCGAGGCCUUCGGCGGCACCCGCGACGGCCGGCCUGUGCUGCGCCUGGCCACCUGGAACCUGCACGGCUGCUCGGCCGACAAGGCCAACAACCCCGGCGUGCGCGAGGUCGUGUGCAUGACGCUGCUGGAGAACAGCAUCAAGCUUCUAGCUGUGCAGGAACUGAUGGACAGAGAAGCCCUGGAAAAGUUCUGUACGGAGCUCAACCAGCCCACCCUGCCCAGCCUCCGGAAGUGGAAGGGCCCCCGCGGAUCCUGGAGGGGCAUCGUCUCCGGGAAGCCCUCCGGGCAGCCCCUGCAGGGCUCGGCUCACCUGGGCUUCCUCUGGGACGCCGCUGCCGGGGUGGAGCUGCAGGACGCCGCUUUCCCGGAGGGCUCUCAGGCCAACAGCAACGGGAAGCACGCGAAUCCCAAGCCCUACCUGGCGCACUUUAAGAUCGGGGCAAACGAGCUCGUGCUGGUGAACCUGUGCCUGGCAGCCCCGGCCUCCCCUGCGGGGGGAGAGAACCCCAGCAAGACCCCCAGCAACAGCCACAGAGCGUCGCCCUUCGCCCAGACCCUGCAGGACACGCUCAAAGGAGACAGAGACGCCGUGAUCCUGGGAGACUUCGGCCAGGGCCCCGAGGGCAGCGACGGCGACGUCCUGAGGAGGGAGCGCUUCCAGCCCCUGGUCCCCGGCGGCACCUUCACCGACAUCAGCACCCGCAAUCCUCAGGGCUCCAAGUCCCUGGACAACAUCUGGAUCAGUAAAGGCCUCAAGAAGGUGUUCACAGGCCACUGGGCAGUGGUGAGAGAAGGUCUCACCAACCCCUGGAUUCCAGACAACUGGUCCUGGGGCGGGGUGGCGUCCAGCCACUGCCCGGUGCUGGCCGAACUGUACACGGACAAGGACUGGAGCAAGAAGGAGGGCGGCCCCCGCGGCGACAGCAGCGCGUCCCCGGAGCACAGCGAGCCCCCCAGCAAGCAGGAACGGUGACCCCCGGCGCCCCCCGGCCUCCAGGAACGUCCCCACCCGAAGCUGCGAUUUCCUCCCGGGGGGCGCCGCGGCCGCUCCAGCCCUACCGCAGAUGGACGGAUGGCCUUCCCCGGUGCCGGCCCAGGCCAGUCCUCCCGAGUGGGGGACGGGUGGCCCCGAAGACGGCCUGCACGGCCCCCCGGGACAUUCAGAGUGCCCCCUCGGGCUGGGCUCUUCUCUCGCGGCUGCCCCCCCCAACCAGACGACGCCCGUGUGCCACCCUGACUCUGCCGUCCUCUUCAGCCCUUCUGAGCUCCGCAGACCCAAAGGGGAGGGACGGAGCCGGACCACCUCCCGCAUCCCUGUUGUCCCCUGGGCCUCCCCCGCCCCCGCUCUCAGCACACCCCUGACCAUCCCUGACCACUGCCUGCUCCCCGAGAAAGGGAAGGUCACAGGCGCCCCUUCCCUGGCCCGAGGCCCCAUCAGGAAGGGAGGCGUCCCUGCCCCACCCCUGCUCCAGCCCCGCUCCCUCCGUUCCUGGCACCUCGGAGCCCUGCUGCCCCCGGCCAGAGCACCUCGUCACACCCUGCGCUCGCUCACAGCUCCCUCUCUUCAGCCACUGCCCUGGCGGCUCCUGGGCCCGGCCCUGCCCAGCCCAGGGAGAGAGAGAGAGACAGAGAGACAGAGAGAGAUAAAGAGAGAGAGAGACAGAGACAGAGAGGGAGGGAGAGAGAGACAGACAGACAGAGACAGAGAGAGACAGAGAUAGAGAGACAGAGAGAGAGAGAGA